AUGAACGGUCAACACAGCGGUGGACGACGACGACAGCCUCAGGGCAACUGGCCUCGCGGGGUCUCUUUUUCUUUCUUGUUGAAGGACUUUACGGUUUCCGCGACUUUAUUAAAACCUUUUUCGAAAUUAUUUUUUUGUUUCAUCUACAAUUCCAAAAGCUUUAUUAGGUUAGAUUACCUUUUUGAAGUUUUAUGUUUUUAAAAUGUUUAUUAAUUCCCUUCCCAGAUGUCCAAGUAAGUUGUAAGGGGAAUUAUGAAGUUAUGAUUUUUUUUAAUAGUUCUCCUUUAGUUAUAAUGAAUUUAUUUUUCGUUAAGAACAUCGCUUUAUACUACAGUAAUUUCACAUUCGCAAUCGUUAACUUCGAAAAGAAAUUAUUAUUUCUUCGAUUUUCACGAGUUUGGAGUGCCGCAAUGGGUCACUAAAUUGGGAAUAUAUUUCAGUGGCAAAAUUAAAAUAUCACUGAAAAGCUUGAUAUUUCGACACUACCUUCAAGAAUUUUGAUCAUUUUUUGAAGCUUAUAAGGACCACGUUAAAAAAAUAUUUUUUUUCCGGUUUCUCAUACUGAAGAUGGACUUUUCAGCUCGCCCCACACGGUCACUCGCACAGGAUGCCGCGCCAACAGAAGGAGGAACCUCAGGAACCUGUUACUAGCACUGCGGAACUCGCCAGACCUCAGGUAUCAAUGAUAAACUUUAUAAUGAUCGUUUAUGGGCCGGGGAAGAACAGGUGGAAUUUUGAAAUUUUUGAAAAAAAGGGUAUAAAAAAAGGUAAAGUUGACAAAAAAAUUGAUGUAUCUCAUUUUUUUAAAAUUAAUCAUUUAAUGAAUAAUAAUAAUUGUUAUCCCUAAUGCUACUUUUUUUAUAUGGGCUUGAAACGGCGCGUUUAAAUUUACUUUACAAAAAUCAAUUUUCAUCCUUUUUUCAAUCAUUUGAAUAUCAUCUUUGUCAAAUUUUGAAUUUUUUUAAAUUCUUUUCAUUCCCAGUAGAAUGAAAUGACGAUUUCAUAAAUUUUCUGUUUCGGGUUCAAAAAAAGGAAAUACUGUAGGUGAUAGCAGGGCUUUCAAACCGCGUCUCCUUCUCCAUUAGUUUUGUUCUCGAAAAAUAAAGAAUCAUGUGAUUUUUCGCCUUCUUCUGGCAAUUUCCCCACGCUUUUUGGCUUGAUAACGGCUAUCAAGGUUCCCUUUUUUUCUUUUUUUUCGCGGCCCAUCAAUCAAAAAGUUUUUUCCGUCGCUGCUUCGAGAAAGAACCGGUUUUCCUUGAAAAGAAUUGAGAAGGAUAAAGUUCAACUUGAAGAAAAAGUUUGAAAUGAAAAUGGUUACUUUGAAAGUGCACCCGACUGUAAAGUGACUUGCGCCAAACGCUGUAAGUUUUGAGAAACUUCAGCUUGAACUGCAACGCUUUGAGCCAUUCCAAAUGCGACCAAAAAUGCUCAGUCCGGAAAAAACUCAUUUAUUUAAUAUUAAAAAAGCAUCAGCAGCUCAAAAUUCUUCAAAAUUCUGUUUUUCACGUUUCUUACUAGCUGAUCUUUGCUGAGAAGUUCAAAAACGAACAAAAAAAUAUUUAUUCUUUGAGAAAUUCCCUCGCUUUUUUUCCCAAUAAACAGCUAUAAAGUUGAAGAGAACCUCAGAAACCGUGAGCAAUUCUAUUCAAAUGCAAAAAAAAGAAUAAAACUUGGCAAAUACGAUUUUUGCUUGCUGAGAACCGAACCCACGGCCCUUUGGACGAUCGUCACGAUCUCUAGCCAUUUGGCCAAUCUUCCGGAUGACGUGAGAUUUUCGUCUCAUUUCCAUGUCCUGAGGGCUCUCAUGCGCUUGAUUAUUGUCGGGACAAGUGUCGCCCGAGGAAUUCCCAAUGAAAAAUUGCCUAUUUUGGGAUUUUGCGCGAGUAUUCCGGCGCCUUGAUGAAGUGUUUCUCAAGUAAAUGGAUGGGAGUUUCGCGCGGAGUUGUUUGAGAGAUUUGAAUGCGCGAAACUAUUUUGGGAGGAAAAAAGUUGAUUACGAGGCGGUAGAACUAUGAACUUAUAGGGAAAUGUUUUUUUCUUGUUGGCAAAUUUUUUAUGAAUGGACUCGGAAACUAUUUUUGAGGGGUAAAAGAAGAUCUAAAUUCUUAAAAAUUCUAAUUUUUCGAUUAUUUCUGGGAAAAUUUUCAGUGGCCACUUUAGAGGCCGCCAAUGACUACUUGGAGAGGACACUGAAGUGGCCACUAUUUCCCUUUUAGUGGCCACUAUAGAGGUUCUCUAGUUAGUGGCCACUUGAGUAGUUUUUCAUCCAAUAUUCCUUCCAGUAACUCUGAUAAUUUUAAAACAAACAGAUUGGAUCAGUUAUGUUAAUUCAUUGACCCCUAAAGUGGCCACCCAAAUUUUUUAGUGGUCUAGUAGUAGCACUUAGACCUCUAUAGUGGCCACUAAUUUUUCAACCCCUUAAGUGGCCACUAAUUUGACUACUAUAGUGGCCACUAAAAAAAUUUUUCCCAGAAGUAGAAAAAAAGUCACUACAAUCUUUUUUUAUAAGUUUUUUUCAGAGCUUUUUGAAGAUUUUUCAAAAAAAAUUAGCCGUUUUUUUCAAGUUGAGAAUCAUUUUUUUAUCAGUUAUUUUAUGCUUCUCAGGAAGUUCUGAAAGGAAAAUUGAAUAUUCUUUUCGUUAAGGUAUGGAAAAUUUAGGUUCAGAAACAAAAACAAAAAAACGUAAAAAAAUUACUUUUUUGAAUAGUAAGAUUGAAUCUUCAAAAAGGAAAUGUAGUAGCAGAAAGAGGCCAAAAAUGGCUGAAAAUUUGAGAGAUUUAUCCAAAAAUAAUGGCCAAAUCCCCUAAUAUCUUGUCCUUAUCAGUGUCAUCAAUCAUUCAAAAAAAAAAAGAAGAAGACAAAUAUGGCUUUUUUUCUCUGACGUCACAAUAAAAUGAUCUCAGAUCUGCCGUUCUUCUUCUUCUUUUUUUGGUGGCCUUUGAAGGGGGGCGAAUAAGCUGAACGGACUGUAAUAUACCGGUUUCCAUAGUUCCCCCCCCCCUUGAAGCUUCCCUUUUUGACGCCGUUUCCCCUGUUUGGGCGUAUCUUUUUCCUGGAUAAUUGCCGCUUCUCACAGGCAGACAAACAUAACAUUGGUUUUUUUCCCAUUUUUUAUUGCUCAGCCCUCGAAAUUAUCUCAAACGAAAAGAGGAAAUUGGAUUUUUUAAUGAAGAAACCGAGGAUUUUUCCUCCUUUGAAAUGAUGCGAGGUUUGAAAAUGACGGAUGUGGGGUAAUUGAAGCUUGGAAAAUUAUGGGCUCGAUCCUGAAUCUAUUAACCUUGGGCAAAAGCUUGGGGGGUUUUUGGCUUUGACUUGGAUUUUUUUCUAGAAACUUGGGGAUUUUUGAAUGAUUUUUUUUUUGAUUCCUAGAAGUUGUUGUAGAGCUUUAGACUUGUGUAGUACUCAAAAUUUGAGAUUUCACUACAGAUCUUUUCCUAGACCUUUUUAAGAAAAAAAGAUAUUUAAUUUCUUCAAAGAUAUGGAUUUUUGAAGGUUUUUAGUGUUGAUUGUGAGCUUCAGGCUUGGAUAGAACUUAAAAUUUUAACUUCCAAACCAAUAAAAACUGAAAUUUUUUACAGAAACCUUAUGUAGACCCUUUAAGGAAUUUUUUAAAAAAUCUGCAAGUUUUCACCUGAUUUUUUUUUAUGGAAACACCUUUUUCAGCUCCUUGUAUUCCCAAAAAAUCAUUUUUCCAAAAUUUUAAACUUUUUUUCCAUCGAUCAAGCCGACUAAACUCUCCCCUGACCUUUCAGUCCUAUUCGACUCGAAUUUAAUUGCUCGCCAACCCCUCUCGAUAUUUCAGAGCACAACCUUUCCAGCUAGCUCUCUCUCUCUAUCUCCCUUCAAAAUACCCCAUUUUAUUCGAAAAGGUUCUCGAAAAAGCCGGCCCCAAAAAGGGACAAUAGAAAGUGCGGCCCCAAGGCGAAAACAUGACAUCACACAGACGGAAUGACUUAUGAUCUUCACUUUUGUCUGCGGCGUUCAAAAUUGAAGCUGUGAAAACAAAUAUUGGAUGCCGAAGCGUUGAAUUUUUUGAGAUCUUAUUUAAGGAUUAGGCUAGGUAGAUUAUUAGAAGAAAUCAGCAGUAAAAAAAACGAAAAAAUAAAUAAAUACAAGCAAAAAAUCCUUUGAAAGCAUUGGGAAAUCUGGCCCGGAAAAAAUAGCCGCGAAACUUUUGUUUUAUUCGCUCCAUUGAUAGUUUAGUACAGAUCUGUCAGAAAUCCUUGCUGUGGUUAUUAAAGGAGCAUAGAGUUUCUUCAGAAAAGAGUAUCGAAUAAAAAAGUCGUUUAAAAUUUUUUUCAAUGAGUUUACGCCUUUGAACAUUCAGCAAGGGAUCUAUAAGAACGAACUAUAAGAAUGAAAAUUGAAUUUUUUCGGUUUUUGUGAAUUUUUAGCCGUAGAGCGUACAAGUGCAUUUUUUUGUCCUUAAUAAAUCCAUUUCCCAGUCUAGCUCGUCGAAAAAACAGUGACACUGGAGAAAAUUUCAUAUUUUUGUUAAUUUUUAGCCAUGGAGCGCUUUUUAGUCUACUAAUAAAUCUACUUCCCUGUCUAGUUUCGUCGAAAUAAAAAACGAAAAAGACUGACAAUCGGUCAGAAAUCGUUCAAAUCGCCUGGGAUUAACUGACGGCCUGAGCCAACCAAACAGCGUUUUUUGGGCCACAAUUAUUUAUUGAUGUUUGGAAAUUCGAUCAAACAACAUACAGAAGCAGAUUUUGAUCUUCAGGUGAAACGGCUGAAGACGGUCUUGGAAGAGAAGGUGGACAUCCACGGACGCGGAAACUUCCCGACCAUCUCCACUCGCCUUGUCGACCUCAUCGUCUGCGUUCGCGAGAAGCUCAGGUGUGGUUUUGUGGGUUGUGAGCUUGGUUAUGGUCCGAGGGGUCGGGGGAUCGGAACCGCUAAGGGUUUUUUGGUUUCAGAACUUUUUUGCCUUACUUCUAUUGAAUUCUAUAUAGUGAGAGCGUUCAAUAGGCAUCUGAAAAUUGAGGGAUUCCGUUGAAAUUAAGUUUCAAACAGAAUACUUUAAAGAAAGGCUGUCAAAAAUGUUUUCUGUCAAGUUUUAAAAUAUAUAUUUUGUUUUGUUCUUUUUCCAAUUUUAUGGGUUUUUUUUCUCACAAUUGAUGUUUCUGAGAAAAUAUUGGCUCUGAAAUAACGUUUUCUGAACACAUUUUAAGCUAAAAACUGUCGCGUAGGGAAACUGCACGUACUUUAAAGAUCGUACCAAUCAUAAUCAGUUUUAAAAAGAGCAUAGAUUUGAACUCACUAAAACCUCAGUAACUCAUAUCGGACGAGCUCCGGAAGUUUCUAAGAAAUUCCAGGGAUCCCUUAAGAGUUUUGAAGCCCCUUAAGGUAUCACUAGAAAUGAUCAACGUCCGGUCUGUUACUGAAAAAUAAAUUACUCUUUGGUUUUCCGAAGCAAACUGCGUUUCUGUCGAUAACUUCCGGACUGAUUUCUGCUCCUUUCUUGGGCAGCUGAAAAACAAGCGCCCGGAUGGUUAUCAGCCGCUUAUCAACACGAGGCUUCUCCAUGGGGCGCACUUUGAACUCUUGUUGCGAAGAUCAGAAACAUGGAUUUUUGUAAGAUGGGCCUUCAGGGAGAGAAACACGCCGCCGAAGAGCGUGAAGCUGAACGGCGGGGCGGCGUCCUUCGUCGCCUCCUGCGACGACUUCAGCUACGCCGACGUCGACCUCAUCUUCCCCAUGGAGGCCAACGACUCCGACAGCUUCGACAAGGUCAGAGUGUUCAAUUUUUGGCGUUGAUAAGUAAAAAUUUGAAGGUUCUUCUGAUCAAUACCUUUUUUCCAGGUGCGAGAAGCGGUAUUCAGCGCAAUCGUCGACCUGAUGCCGGAAUGCGUGAGCAAGGAGAAGCUCAACGCCGACACCCUCAAGGACGUCUACAUCCGCAAAAUGGUCAAGGUAAGGGAUCUCCUUUUCUUCAGGGUCAACGAAACAUUUUUUUUUUUCCAAGAAGUUGUCAUUUUCCAUUGCUUUUUUUAAAGUAAAGACCUCAAUGAAAUUAUUUCUCUCAUAAAAAAAAAUUGGAUAGAUUCUUAGGUUUUUUCCUGCUCCUGAUGGCUUGUCUGAAUCUGAUCGCCUGAAUUUGUGACGUCACCAUACAAAAUUCUUCAAUUUGAUCGAUAAAUUUAUAGUGAAGAGUCUCUUGUUAAGAUUUUUUUCCUGAUUCCAAAAAGUUGAGAUUGAAGCUCAAUAUCAGCAUUUUUAGUGAUCCCUUGAUAAAUUAUCUAAAGUCUUUUUUUUCUCACUUUAGUGAUCAAUUAAAGAAUUUUUUUUCUAUUACGUUUGUCCCAUGCAAAAACUGAGCAUGAGAAACUUUGAAAAGAAAAAAAAUCCGGAAACCUUGAAGGAUUUUUUGAAUAUCUAAUAAGUUUAAAAAUAAUGAAAAUUCUAACUAGGACAAAAGAAAUGGUAGAAAAUGGCCGCUAGAAGGGGGAGGCUCAAAAAAGGCUGCAGAAAGGCCUCAAAAAGGCAGCAAAAGGGCAGCAGAAAGGCCGUAAAAAAGCCGCAAAAAGGCAACAAAAAGAGUCCCUUAAUGGAGCCUUCCAUUUUUCUGCCUUUUUAAAAGCUCAAGAAAUGGUGGAAAAAGGGAGAGGCAGCAAAAAUGAUGCAUACUGGCCGAGAAAAUGGCGCAAAAAGGCGGCAAAAAUGAACCUUUUUCCACCCUUUACGACUUUGCCUAUGGAUUUUCCGCAAUAAGUAUCUCGAAAAAGCUGGAACUUUCCUCUCAUUUUUUACCCAACACCUUCACCUUUAACACAGCUCUCACGUGGAUCUUCAACUUCCCUUGGAAAAUCCAGAAUUCUCGCCAUUUUCCAGGUCUCCGGAGACGACGACCGCUGGUCUCUCUUCUCACUCAACAACGACUACGGACGGUGCAUCGAACUGAAAUUCGUCGACCGAAUGAGGCGCCAAUUCGAAUUUUCCGUCGAUUCGUUCCAAAUUUGCCUCGAUCCGCUUAUUGACGAGUUUGACGCCCCGGAGCCGGCUGUUCUUAUCGAAUCUGUCUUUGGCGAUAUUCAUCAGGUUAUUUUGAUGGAAUAAAAUUCAUAAUUAGUUUUUCAGAGGUUUUUCAAAAUUAUCAAAAAAAUUUGGUGAAUAUUUUUGAACUUUUUCUGGUUGUAAAAUUUGUUUUUUUGAAAAAAAUUUUUGUUGGAAAUAUGAAAAAAAGUAUGAAUUUAUCUACGUGAUUUUUUUGUACAGAAACCUGGGUAAAUCGAAGAAUUCAUCAUUUUUUUGAAAAACUGCAAAUUUUUUCAGAUUUUAAGGCUAUGUAUGUAUUUGGUCAAAUUUUUUCACGUUUUUUGAUUUUCACUGUGAAAUUUUUUUUUUUAUUUAGCUUCAAUGUUUCAACCAAAAUUGAUAUACAAACACAAAUAUUUUUCAUUAAUUAUUUCAGGAUUAUCGCUUUCAAGGAUCCUAAAAGUUUUUUAAAGCUUAAAAAAAAUUUUAUUUAGCUUUUUGAAGUCUUAUAAGAUUUUUAUGAGUGCAAAAUUUUUCACGAAAAAAAUCGAGUUAAUAAAAAAUUCGGAUUUUCAGGCUAUGAACCACUUAAACGAGCGUCUGAUCGACACGAAAAAGCCGGAGGAAAUCCGUGGCGGCGGCCUUUUGAAAUAUUGCCAUCUCAUCAUUCGCGGAUACAAGGCGGCGAAACCCGGAAAGUGUCGUCAGCUGGAGAGGUUUCGAUUUUUUCGAUUUCACGGGAUUCAGGAAAAUGAGCUUCUAGGGGUUUUUUUGUGGCGGAAAUGUCCUUUUUGAGGUGAUGGAAAGUAUUGAAAAAAAUAAUUUUCGAAAAAAAUAAAGUUUAUUUUUUUGAGGGGAGCUUGGAAAAGUUUCUUGCACCUUUUAAGGAUCUUAAAAAGGCUUUUCUUUUUGUUUUAGAAUCUUUAAGGGGCCACUUACACUCGUUCUUUUAAAGUCCUUAGGAGGUCACUUAUACUCGCGGGCUUAUACUUCUUUUAAAGUCCUUAAGAGGUAACUUAUACUUGCGGGCUUAUACUUUUUGAAACUUCCAGUAUUUUAUUUGACAUACUUUUUAAGAUUCCAUUUUUUUUAUGUAAGUUUCUACCAAGUAUUUGAUUCUUCAUUAAAGUUCUGAAGCUUAAAAAAUUAUUUUUCCAGAUACAUGUGCUCUCGUUUCUUCAUCGAUUUUCCGGAUGUCUUGGUCCAAGAACAGAAAUUGAGAAACUAUCUCGAGAGCCACUUUGGCAGCGGCUCCGAUCAGGUAACCAUUGGAAAAAUGUGUUCUUCGAUAUCUGGGUCUUGAAAGGAAAUUUAGAAAAAAUAAACAAAGAUCGAUCUGUUUUUCUUGGAAAUAUGUAGGAGCUGUUCUGUUGAGGAGUUGACCAAAAAAAAAAAUUUAAAUAAGCCUUGGCUUUUUUUAAAUUUUAAUCUUAACUUUAAUCUUCAAUAUUUGGGUCUUGAAUGUAGAUUUAAAACCAAAAAAAUCGGGCUUCUUUUUAGUGGAAUAAUGUGACAAGGAGUCGUUGGAAAGUUGUUUUAGGAAUUUGGAAUUAAUGAAAAAUGGAAUAAGAUUUUUUGAAUGCCAAAGUCAACCCCUGAAAAAUUUUGAAAAUCAACUUUUUUCCUCAGUUUUCUAGUCAAACUGAUGAAAAUAACCACUGAGAUUUUUUUCACAAAUUUUUUUAGAUUUUUUUGGUAUUUUUUUAAUCUUCAGAACACUUUGAAAUCUCAAAAAAAUGUUGUAAAAAAAGUCGAUAAUUCUAAAAAAACGAAUAUUUUUGAAAUUUAUACUCUUUUUGCGAUACGGAAAAGAGGUUUUAAACAUUUUCGAAAAAAUCGUGUUUGGCUACUCCUAUAUGUAAACGCUCAAAAAUUCGAAAAGAACGAUUAUUUUCAAUUUUAUAUAUUUUUCCGACCGAAAGUCUUUGAAAUUAUUUGGAAAACCCGAUCUUUUCCUGAAAAAAUCCGCGAUUUUUAAGUUUCCGAACAGCUGAGCACUUUAUCAUUGCCCUUUUCGGUCUCUCUCUCUCUUUUUUUCAAAUUGCCGCGGUAUAUUUCAAUGAUUUUUUUGUCCGUCUUUUCGCGGCCCCGUAAGCGGAUACGAAUUCCCAGCUGCGCACACAUGUGCAACUGCGAUUUCAGCCCGAAUAAACACUCUUCUCACUUCGUUUUUUUGUUCGUGUCGGGACCAAUUAAUUGCAAGCGAUGUGUGUUUGUUUCGGCAUACUGGGAUGUAUCGCGGAAAUGAGAGCGUUUUCGGUGCUCUUUGAUGGGGGGGAAGAAGCCUCGAUUGCUUUGAAAAUAGGGGAAUUUUCGGGUUUGAGAGGGGGUUUUUGAAGUUGGAAAAAUGGGAAAAAAAAAUUUUUGUCCAUUUUGAAAUAAUCAUCGUCAAUUUUUCUAUUCAAACCUUUGAAUUUUCUUCUUUUCUUGAGAUUUUCGUUUUGGGACCUGUUUGAGCUUGAAGCUUAAAGUAUUCCUUUUACCAAUUUUCAUCAAAAAUGUCUUUUUUUCAGUCAUUUGAGCCAGUUUUCAAAUAGUAAGACGUCGAAAAAACCUCUUUUUUGAAGCUGAAUAAAAAAAAUUAAUGAAGUUUCGACAUUAUUGACAUUUUUCACCAAAAGCUUUCAAAUUUUCUUCAGAUUUUGUGAUUUCAAAUUUUUCUCGUGCAGCUUUAUGCAGAAAAAGCUAUUUUUAAGACUGAACUAACAUUUUUUUUUUCGAUUUUCAACCAUGAAGCUUAAAAUCAUUUUUUAUUUAGCUCUAGCGUUUUUUUUUCCCGAUUUCUAACCCUCGAGGUCAAAACGAUAAACUGGGGCUUAUCCAAGUAUAAAUCCGACUUCUGAAUGUUCAUUCUCGAGCUGCAUCCAACCAUGAAAAAAACGCCUCACGUCACUUUACUCUCUUCCAACUUUUUCUGGGAAUCAUCCAAGCAAACGAAAAUAAAGCGAAGGAAACGAGCCAAACAAAGCGGCGGAACAGAAAAGGCGAAAAAAAAAGUCUGACCGAAUUGGCCCAGCUUCCGGGCAUGACGUUUCCCAACGAGGAGAUAUCCAAGGACCUUAAUUAUCCCUCUCUCUCUCCAUCGUUAAUGACCUUGUUUCAGUGGUCGUCGUCCGGCGAGGACACGGAUUCUGAAGCGUCGACGUCGCAGGCGACGACGUCGUCCCUGUUGGCCACCGGCCAGGCCAAGUACGACUUCUUGAUGCUGCUCCAUCGCGUCAUCAGCGAGAGCACCGUCUGUCUGAUGAGCCAUGAACGUCGUCAGACCCUAUCGAUGAUCGACCGCGUCGCCUUCCAGGUAAAUUUCCGGAAAAAUUGGGGUUUUUUGAGGGCAAUGGUUCCACUGACAAGCGGAAUUAUAGAAAAUUCAGAAUUUAGGUGGGGCUUUACCAAAACAAUCCCAGUUGUACCUCGGGCAAAGUCGGAAUGGUGGAUAAUGGCCGCUAAAAGGGAGGGCUCAAAAAAGGCUAUAGAAAGGCAGCAAAAAGGCAGCAAAAGGGGAGCAAAAAGGGACCCUUUAUCGAGCCUUCCAUUUUUCUGGGAUUUUGAAGGGUCAAGAAAUGGUGGAAAAAGGCAGCAAAAAGGAACAUUUCUACGGAGCCUUUUCCCCCUUUCCGACUCUGCCUAUGACUGGAGUAUGGUUGAAAAUCAAAGAAAGCCCCAGUUUAAAAAAAAACUUUCAAAAAUUCCGUUUUAGAACAUCUACAAGAUGUUCAUUUCUCCUCUAAAAAAAAGCUUAAUUCUUCAGGUUUUGAGAAAAUAUCAAGCAAAAGGAUGCGAGUUCGAGUCCGUUCAAGAAGCACAAGAAUUUGCCAGUACCUCUGAACGAUCCUAGGUGCACUCUUAAGGGACUCCUUCUCCUGUCCUUUUGUUUGAUUCGUUUCAAAGGGGGUCUUCUAAUCGUGGCGGACAAACCAUGUAGUCGGUCUUUUUCAAGUGGUGACUUAAGAGGGGUCGCUCCACUCUAGUGACCUCUUGAAAACAGCCGAUUAUUUUGUUUCGUUCCCGUGACGCCUGUGUAACUAUGGGGAAAUCUUUUUCAAAGGCAUAUGGUUAGUAUAAAAGAAGGUUUGAGGUAUUAGAGAGUUUUUAGUUAUCAAAAAUGAAUUUUCAAUUUUGCGCCAAGUGAGAUCGGCGUACAGAAACUUGCUUACGUAAUCUUAUUUUCUUUUUAAUCACCCAUUUUUUAAAGUCUCUAUCCUUGUCUGGGGUUUUCCGGACAGCGAAUUUAAAAAAAAAAACAGGAAAAAAAUUACCCAUUUCAUCCCUAGAGCAACUUUGCUGUUAACUUUAUUUUUCGCUUUAAUUUUUUUUUUUCUUAAGAAGCGAGAACUUCUGUACGAUUUCAAUUAGACCCCUCACAAAAUGAAAGGCUCUACAAGAUGACAUUGAUAUUGCAAAACUCCUUUUUUACUGACCUUGUGCCUUGAAUUCUCAAUCAGUUCGUCAUACUCAAACAGGAACGUUUUUGAAGGUGUCGUUGUCGAGCUACAACCAGCCGACGGUGACCGUCGCCGGCCACACUCCGAGAACGACGCUCCUUUACCUGCCGCCCAACUCGACCACCUGGAUACCUGUCAUCUGA